ACGUUCGUCGACGUUCGAGUGGCCCGAUCUAGCCCGAACGGGUCAAUGUCUGAGGAGGCUUCGAAAAAUUCGUAGCUGGUGUGGUGUUCGUGUGCUGGGCGAGAAAGAGAAAAACCCCGUUGAUCGGCGACGAUUGAUUUUCCAUGUAAGUGAAGCUCGCGCGUUUUAUCCGUGUCCCGCCAGGCUCGAGGCUUCGACGUACGAUCGCACAGUGGUUUUCGACGAUCGUCGAGAGGGACAACGACGAGAGACGACGACCUCCCCUCGAGCAACGUCAACACGAGCGACGACGAAGUCGUCCACGUCGGCGUCAUCACGGCUCGGAUCCUCAAAGAGUGAUAUCGUGAAUAAGCGUGCACGAAACCCCUGACAUAGUCGACGAUCUUCUGUCCUGACGACUCGCAGAGUGACAAGAUUCUAGGUACAUCGAGGUGGAUAGAACGAGUGAGAGAAGGAGGUGAGGCUUCCCCCGUGCGUUCCGAAAGUACGAGUGCAGAAGCGAGAGAAGAAAGGGAGAAAGAACAAGGAACAGAGACGAUCGACGAUUACGCCGUUCGGUCGAAAAAGAGUGCUCGAGCGCGUGUGUAGGUAUACGAUGCAAGUCUCUGAAAACUAUUGCCAGUAUCGAUAUCCGAAGUAGAGCAAAUUCAUCGCGUUGCGGCUUUCACAGAAGCCGCAAACGGCGAGUUCGCGAGUGUUUCACACGACGACGACGACGAGGAAAUCCGACCCGACGGUCGGAUCAUCGUGGAAUUGUACUAUAUAAGAAGGCUACCGAGUGUACCUCCACUGGCGACCAGACCAGUGUACGAACCAUUCCGAAAACGUCAAGCCCUGCCUCCCCUCGCAGCACGGCUCUCCGCGACACCUCGCGCCCUCGUCAGGUUAUUAGGUAGUAGAACCGCACUUCUCGGUGCGUGAUAGGGUUGUUAACGGUUAAUACGAAAAAUUGUCGCAGAUCGUGUCGAUUCGGACGCUGUCCAAGUGUUCGCGUUCGUGCAUCGCGGAUCGGAUCUCGCUUUGGCGAGCCAGACAGGACGAGACAAAAGAGAAGCGUCGUCGUGCGAAUCGUAGAACGUCGACGGGCGAGGGAAGCCCGUAGCGGGAAGCUAUUCCCGCGAACGACGAAAUAACCCAAGUGUGCGAGAAAGCAGCGUUCGAGAGUCGCUGCUACCGUCAUCGACCGCGUCACCACGAUCGUCGGAGACGAGGUGUCCCCCGAAGAAAGUGCUGACAGAGUGAACCCCCUGUGAGAUUCCAACGACUUGGACCGCCUUUUAUCCUUGACUCCAGUGAUUUUCAAAGGAAUCGCGAGGAUCGAACCAUCGUCGGUCGUUGUUCGCCGUAGUUUCUUUUUCCCGAUCUUGCGCGCGCUUUGCUCGCUCGUAGCUCUUCCCUCCCAUCUAUAUCCCUCCUGUUCCCUCCCUACAUUUUCCGUCUUUCUCUCGCCUCUAUCUCGCUUCCACCUCGUCUCUCUCCAGCCGCGUAUCGUCUCGUCUCGUUCUAUCGUUCUCUCCCUCCAUCCAUCGAUCGAGCGCGGCCGUGGCGUAAUAUAGAAGAACCGAACCGUGCGGCCGUGCAUGCGUGCGUGCGAUGUAAUUAUCAUCGUUCGUGCUGUCAUUGAUGUCCGAGGUGGUGUCGACGACGAUAACAACAACGACCACGGCGACGGCGACGACGACGGCCGAAGAGCACUGCUGGCUAUCUUUACGCGAGGUGGUGGCGGAGAAAACCGGGUCAAGAAGCAUCAAAAUGAGCAGCCGACCGAGGACCACCUCCUUUGCCGAUUGCACCAACGCACCCUCGAAUCCGCCCCUGGGUGGCGUGAGAGUGAGCAGUCAUCCGGCUGGCAGUGUAACUUUAAAAAAAGAUAGAGAUGGCAACAAAGUCACGACGGUGGUGGCUACAGCCGGUGCUGGCCCGGAUCGUCCGCAAGAAAUCUCCUAUACAGACACUAAAGUAAUCGGCAAUGGAAGCUUCGGCGUUGUCUACCUAGCGAAAUUAUGUGACACGGAGGAGCUGGUCGCCAUCAAGAAGGUCCUCCAAGACAAACGAUUUAAGAACAGGGAGUUACAAAUCAUGCGGCGUCUCGAGCACUGCAACAUCGUGAAAUUGAAAUAUUUCUUCUACUCCAGCGGUGAUAAGAACAUCUUAAACGCAACUAAUCCAGUUUUUCACGUGGACAAAGACGAGGUUUACCUGAAUCUAGUGCUGGAAUACAUACCCGAAACUGUAUAUAAAGUCGCCCGGCAUUACAAUAAAAGCAAGCAGACCAUACCAAUAAAUUUUAUCAAGUUGUAUAUGUACCAACUGUUCCGCUCUCUGGCGUACAUCCACUCGCUGGGGAUCUGCCACAGGGACAUCAAACCACAGAAUUUGCUCCUGGACCCGGAAUCCGGCGUUUUGAAGCUCUGCGAUUUCGGCUCGGCCAAACACCUGGUCAAGGGAGAGCCAAACGUGUCUUACAUCUGUAGUCGUUACUACCGCGCGCCUGAAUUGAUCUUUGGUGCUAUCGAUUAUACCACAAAAAUCGACGUGUGGAGCGCGGGUUGUGUGGUAGCGGAGUUGCUGCUCGGUCAGCCGAUAUUCCCCGGGGACAGCGGUGUCGAUCAGCUAGUCGAGAUCAUCAAGGUUCUCGGCACGCCGACGCGCGACCAGAUACGUGAGAUGAACCCCAACUAUACCGAGUUCAAAUUCCCACAAAUUAAGGCGCACCCAUGGCAAAAGUGGUUGCAGGUGUUCAGGGCACGCACGCCGCCGGAAGCGAUGGAGCUGGUGGCCGGUCUGCUGGAGUACACGCCAUCCGCUCGGAUCACGCCGCUGGAAGCGUGCGCCCACCCGUUCUUCGACGAGCUCCGGGAACAGGGUACGCGAUUACCAAACGGGCGGGAGCUCCCGCCCCUGUUCAACUUCACGGAGUACGAGCUGCGGAUUCAGCCGUCCCUGAACUCGAUCCUAAAGCCGAAGUACAUGCAAACUUCGGAGAAUCCUGGUGGCCAGACGGAACCGGUCGCGGGUAGUAGCGGUAACUCUAGUGAUAAUAACGUGAACACCAACACGAUGUCCGCCUCAAAGAACACAGACCCCGGCCAGUCAAACAUGGCUUAAGCUGCUUUCUAUUUUUAACGUUUAAUUAAACAAAAUAGAGACGAGACACGGAGAGAAAGAGAUGUACGUGUGCGUGCGUGCAUGUAUGCGUGUGUGCGCGUUUGGUUUGGUGCGUAAGAGAUACCGGGGAGAGAGAGAGAGAGAGAGAGAGAGAGAGGAAGGGAGGGAGAGGCCGAUAAUUCACGUGUUAGCGACUUAGCCUUAAACGAAACGGGAUAAAAUAAGAAAAAUUUAAGUACGAUAAAGAGAGGACGAUUCAGAGCUCUUCUGAGGAGGAUGUCCGAGGUAUAAUAACGUAACACACGAGUACACGUUCCCCCCGAUUGUAAAUUAAUCGCUCGAUGCAAACGGCGAUACCACGUGUUAUUUUCGAGUCCCGUUCGCUUGAAACGCGAACUUGUUCUGGAAUCUAUUGAAAAAAGCCACGAAAUCCGCUCCCCUUUGUAAUCGAUUCGCUCGAGUACACCCUUGGGAAUUCACGGUGGCGCGCGUGAACGCUUGAUUGCCACCUUAUUGCCAAAAAUGUUUUAAAAACGAUGAAUUCAGUGUGAGUGUGUGUGUGUGUGUGAGUGCGUGUGUGUAUAUGUAUAUAUAUAUAUACACAUUAUAGGAAAUGUUCCGCAACCUGCUAUGAACGAAGGUAAGGAACGAACAAAAUAUAAAAUGUGUACGUUUUUCUAGCCCGAGGUUCAAGCAAACGAUGUGCAAUCUUUCACAUACUGUGUCUAGUAGCGCGUUCACGUCGCUUGCGCCAAUUGAUCGUUCGAAAAUAUGUAUGCACGUACCUUACACACACGAGACACACAACCGUGAUUUAAAACGAGCCAGCUUCUCGACAUUUCCUAGUGUCCGUGGACCUUCCAACCGUUGAGAGAAAGAGAAACGACGAUCGUACAUGGGAGAAUCACACUAGGUCGACGUUUUCGAGAGAAAUUCACGUAAUUGUUCACGUUUUUACGCGGAGAAUCUCAUGGUCGAACCAUACACACACUUAUACACACAGACACACACGGCGACACACGUUAGUACUUUGCGUGCACAAUCUCUAUUCAUCGCGGAAUCGAAUUUGACACGCUGCACGGAAAUGCAGCGUCGUCGGAUUUAGGAAAAAGAGUACACGAUAGAUCGUGCCUAUUCUUUACGUCCACGUGGAUCGUUUCUGAUCGACGUCGUUCGAUCGACGAACUCCAGCAAUUUUAUUUGUUAACAAAAAGAAAAAUUUAAUCGUUAGACAAUUAUUAUUUUACCAAUCGACGAACAGUUUCAUUUUUUCAGUUUCAGUCUUGACAAUGAACCUCUGCGUAGCGAAGAGCGAUUUUCUGUUUUAAAUCAGAAUUAAAUUAGAACAUAAUUGUUCUUCUAUCAGUGAGAAGGAAAAAAAGAUCGUUUUUUAGUGCGCGUCGACUCCAUCCCCGAUGAGAAACGAAGUGCGGUCGAAGGGGGUCCAUUCACGAAGCGUUUUUUUAAAGAUCGUCUUCUGUCAUCGUAGGCCACGAGAAAUGUUCUGUUUUUUCUUCUUUUUUUUUUAAACGGCAAAAACGAGAGUAAAGAACCCCUGUGCAGCUGGUCCUUCCGGGGCGUAUCGCGCGUGAUCUACAUAGUUUUUUGCACACCACUACAUAUCAUGUUCACGCCGCAAAAGAACCACAGACGGCAGGCUACCGAGAGAGUCGAUGCGUUUCCUUUUCUGACGAAACGACGAGAGAGAGAGAGAUAGAGAGAGAAAGGGAAUGAGGAGAGACGGUGGAGAGACUGUGGAAGGUCGGGAGCGUGUGGACAUGUGCUACGGUAUAUUCGUUUCAGAGUUUUAUGAACGUUAAUUGUAAUGUAAAAAUGCUUUUAAAUGAUGAUCGAUUACACGCAGAGACGAUCAUUUCCUUUUCUUCAAUGAAAUUUACCGCCUGAUUGCUACGCGCGGACGUUUAGGUAAAUUUAUCGAUUUCGUUUUUUUCCUCUAGUCGAGACGUAGGUAGAACGAAGAAGGAAAACGCGUUACAAUUUUUUUUAUACAUCAUUGUAAAAAGCAAUCUGCACGCUUUGACGAUUGAAGAAUAAUUUGUCUUUUUUUCUGUAAACAAAAAGAACGAAUGAAGAACGAAACAAAUGGAGAUGUUGGCGGAUUUAUUUUUCGAUCAUGAAACCAUUUUCAGUGGUGUUUCUUCACUCAUCAAUCCGUUGUCCAUUAGGUCGACGCAAGAAGGAUGGUCUCGAUUUCCAUUGAAACUGCGUUUUCUUCGAGGCCAUUGUUUUUGCGUUUCCACGUUUCGAAACCGAAUCGGGCAAGUUGUUGAGAAUGGUUGAAACAUCUCGACGGCUUGCCCGGUGGAGUUUCCGUCCUCUCGUCGACCGACGAACUCAGAAAAGAGAAGCGAAUCGAUCGGACAGACUCGAACGAAAAUGAUUGAUUUCGAAGUUUCAGGCCAGCGAGAAACGGAAGUGUGGUCCUGAAUCUGUCCGGGGAGACCAGGAGAAACGGAGAAAAUUUGAACACGCGUGUCAACGUGAACAAAAAAAAGAAAAAGAACGAUCGCGCACGGCUCGCAAGCUCUAAACGUUUGAUCAAUUGUCGCGAUUAUCCUAUUAAUAAAGAGAUUCAUCGAUUAAGUUCGGGUUCCGUCGUUCUCAUCUUCCCAUAUAUAAUCGCGCUUGGAAUCGUGAUUUCAAGAGGCGCGUAGCUAAUUUAUAAUCUAAGAUCAUAAGGAAUCAAAUUACUCGCGGCACGCCGAGCGAAUCGUUCACCAGAUCAGUUUUGAUAUUCCUUACUCUUAUAUUUUUUCAUUGCCCUAGCGUUAGGAAACCUUCGACGCUACUAGACGUUAAUACCACCCACGAGAUGACACGAGACGCGACGACAGAACAAUUGCGAGUGAGCCGUCUUGAGAUAACAGCCCGUGUAAAAUAUUGAAAGUCUAUAUGUAUAUGUAUAGGUAUAAAUACUUUACGCGUGUAUAAUAUACAUGUAUACGUAUAGGACCGGUGAUAGUUUUGGACCGAUCGACUGCGACUCCAUCGAAAAAUCAAUUACUUGACAGAUGCGAAGAUGUUGCAGUAUUACGUUGGAAAGAGACAGAGGAAACGGAGUCGAUCGGUCCUCGCCGUCGGACGGUCUAUAUACAGGCGUACACGUGCAUGCGUAUAUAUGUAUAAUUAAAUUAAGUAUAUGAUAUAAAUAUGAAUAUACUUAUAUGGAAAUUAAUUUUUAACGAUAGAGAUCGGUAAUCGCUGUAAAAAGAAAGACGGAGGGAGAGAGGAGAAUCGCGUGGAUGAAGAAUAAGCGUGCGUGAGAGAGACUUAGAAACGAGGGGGAAAAAGAAGGAGCGACCGAGUCUGAUUGAACUCUGUUCGUCGUUUCCCUGACAUUUCCAUCACCGUUACCGCUACUAAGAGAGAGACCCGUCGGUCCUUUUCUUUGUCUUCUUACUACCUAUCCUAUCGUCACGUCGCACCGUUUCGAAUUCAUCUAGUAAAUAAAUUGUAAUAAUUGUGUAAAGAAAAAACUAAAUAAAGUAAUUUAAUAUGUAUAUAUAUGCAUAUAUGUAUGCGUGUGUGGUGUGCAUAUGUAUAUACGGUAGAAGAUUGAAAAGGAAACUCUCCGCGUGGCGAGACCGCUUCGCCGCGAGUCAGACUUAUUUUCCGUUCGACGCGAGGGUCGGGCUUUGGACCGUCGAAUAUUUCUGAUCUCUGCGAAGCUACGAUUAACGUCUAAGAUUAACCACCGUGCUUCGAACGCGAACUUAGUAAUUCCCGUUCAAUGGUAAUAGACGAACCUCAUUACUUCUACUCGCUGAAAGCUACCGUCGUUCAAUUCUGAGAUGGACCAUUGGUAUCGCAGAAACAAACCGUCGAACGCGACCGUAGCUAAAGACGUAGUGAUACAUAUGUAGUACUAAGCACUGUACAUGUCUGAUAUUGUACGCUUGACGCAACGUAAUACCUUAACAUUAUAAUAAAUCGUAGUUUUCGUUACGUACCGUUCUCUCAGUUUCUCAUAUCGUAGAACCAUGACUAAACCGUAUACAUAUAUAAGUUGGUUUCCCAGCGGGCACGUUUAUGUACCAUAUUCUUUGUGUUCCGGCGAAUCGUGAGGAGCGGCGAAUUUAAUACGAAAUCAAAUUGGUUUCCCGAUAGGUUCGAGCGAUCGUACAUUGAAAAUGUUCAUUUUCCAGAGGAAUUCGAACGAGCGAAUUUCGUAUUAAACUUGACGAAGACGCGCAGACUCUAUGUACCACUGUCUGUAAUCUCGAAUAAUCCUAAAUCGAAAGGUGGACUCUGACUCCAAUCUCCCAAGACUUCGCUCAUUACGUACCACGUAGCGGACUUCCAAGCAUACUGCGCACUCGUAGUCUUAAGAGUUCGUCACUCGCCUCUUUCUCGGUCGCGAAAAGAAAAAGAAAAACGGCAAAAAAAA